AUGUCGUUAGAAUAUGAUGUACCCAUUAUGCUCCCGCCAAUCAGGCCACCGUUUGCCAGUAACGAGUCGUACAUGACGCUGCUGUCCUACGAAAAUGACGAACAACGUGUACAGUAUGAAGAAGACAUGGCGAGAUACUUUGGUGUGCCAUUGCCAAGUUACAUUCGUCAAUCACAAGAGGAAGUAACAGCCAAUUUACGUACACCCACAAGUGUCCAAUUAUUAAGUACGCGCUUCCCUCCAUUCAGUUCCCCUGUCAAAAAAGAUAGUGCCAGUAGCAAGACGAUAUUGCCACUACUUCAGCUACAAUUGGAUUCCCCUACCCACACCGAUGGCUCAACGGAGACGGACCAAUCAGGUGAAGAAGAGAAAUUACGUGUCAAUCGUGAACGCAAUCGAUUACAUGCCCAACGAACGCGUCUUCGUAAACGUGAAUUACUAGAAAGUCUCACGGAACGUAUUCAGGCACUUCAGGACGAGUUUCAGUUGUUAAAACAGGCCUAUGAUUUUCAUACGACAGCUGUCUGUCUCUUGCGAUUGGGACAUGCCCAUGAUGUUCCUUGUGUGCUGAGGCUGGAGCAAGUUGGUGACAAUGCUAUGGACGAUGGAGACGAGAAUGGACAGUUGUACGAGAGUUUGAAGACGACGUGUUGUUUACACGAAAGUGAUUGUGACGAUGAGACACACGAACAGGAGAAAAUCAAUUCCAAUGGGAAGAGACCAUUGUUGUCCACUGAUACUGGCAGUAAAAUGCUUGGUUACUCCAAGGAAGAGCGUGAACGUAUGCGACGUGAACGCAACCGUUUGCACGCACGAAGAGCUCGACUUCGCAAAAAACUGGUGCUUGAAAAAAGUCAGCAGACUGUACAUGAUCUUCGGGAGCGCAACAACCGUCUUCGCAGUCGUUUGAGCGUGUUGGUUUCAUCGAUCUACGGCUCGGAGACCUGUCUUGACGACCCUGACGCCAUGUCAUGA